AGAGUGUUCAGUAGUGCUACAGCAAUAGUAGCGGUAGUGUUAAAUGUGAAUGUUUAGUUUAUUUGGUAUGAAAGAUUUAUUAGUUCCAUUAAUAUUUAUUUUGUGCGUAUAAUGUGAAAGUAUGAAGCAUGAGAUAAAAAAUAAAUAAUUAUCGUGUAAAUUAAUAUUUUAAUACUAAUCCUCAAAUUGGUUAUAUUAAGAUUUUACAUAUUUAAAUUUACUGUAAUCUUGGAAAAUAUGGAUAUAUUUGGUCUUCAUCAAUUUGUUGCAGCACCAAUAAAAAAUCUUUUACAAUUCCAACGUAUUAAAGAAAUAAAAUGGAUGAAUCCUCCAGCAUGUACUAAUGAAGCAUAUACACCUACCUCUGUAGAACAUAUAGCAAAUGUAACUACUCAUGGAAUUUGGGUUGUACCAUCUGUCAUAGGUAGCUUGGAACUGGUUCGUCGUUCUAUAACAUGGACUCAAUUAAUAUCAGCUUAUGUAUAUGGUACAUCUUUGAUCCUUGUUUUCACAGUCUCAACAUUUUUUCACAGUGUACAUUACUGCAAUAAUAACAGACAACUUAAAGAAACAUUACAUCGUUGUGAUCGUGCUAUGAUUUACAUUUUUAUUGCUGCAAGUUACUUUCCUUGGUUCAAUGUAGAUCAUUUCCCAGACGAUGAAAUAUUAUUUGCAAUGCGUUAUGCUAUUUGGAUUAUGGCAACAGUGGGCAUAUUGUAUCAACAAAUCUUUCAUGAACAAUAUAAAAUGUUAGAAACAAUCUUUUAUUUAGUUAUAGGAAUUGGCCCUAGUAUUGCAAUUAUUAAUUAUAGUUAUUAUAAUAUUAUUGAAUUAAAAUUGGGUGGAUUGCUCUAUAUUUUUGGCUUAUUGUUUUUUAAAUCUGAUGGAAGGAUACCAUGUGCACAUGCAAUUUGGCAUCUUUUUGUUGCUGUAGGAGCUGGACUUCAUUAUUAUGCUAUAUUAAAUCAUGUCUUUCCUAUAGUUUGUCCAUCAGAUAAUUUUAUGACACCAGAUGUACCAUCAUUACCAAAAUUAUUAAAAUCUAAUAUUGAAGAAUUAUAAAA